AGAUGGAUGUUCCAUUCAUGCUAGAAGGGAGCUUUCUGUGUUUCAGCAGAUAAACACUGAUGUUCAGAAUGAAGAACAGAUCCAGAAGAAGUGCUCCAAGAGAAAAUAAAACGAAUGAAUAGACAGAGCAGUGAUGUGAUGUGAGGUCGGGGUCAGUGGUGAUGGUAAACUACAACUUCACUAGGCUUUAGGGGUUUUAUCUGUGUUUGAUUAUGAGCCUGAGGGGUUGAUCAGGGGAUCAGUCGCUCCACAUGACUGCACUGUGACUGUGUUCACAGUGAGUGUGUGUGUGUGUGUGUGUGUGUGUGUGAGGUUGUUCCUGGGUUCCUUUCACUCGUAUCUUUUCAUCUGUUUGAGGGAACGAAUCGCUCAUCAGAUGUUCUGAUCAAAUAAACAUCUACAGUUUCUUCUAUUUUCAUUUCUGUUAUUAAUUAAUUCCAUACUGAUGUUAACUUCCUGAGAGGUUCUUAUCAUGUGUUCAGGUAUAAAUAAAGGAAACAGACAGAAUCUGAGAUAAUGGAUGGAGGAUGGAGGGAUGAAAAGAUGACUAGAAGAACAAAUCCUCCACUUGACCACUUUAAGGUUUGUUACUGGACAGAGAUGUGUGUAAAGAGCACACACUGGGAGAUCAGGGCCGUCCCACCUCUCUUCAGGCCACACCCCUCUCUCCCUCUUUUCUUUUUUUCUUUUUCCUCUCCAUUCCUCCGUCUGUGUCUCUCGGUGAGGAUGGGUGCGGCCUUUAAGAGGUUCUGCGCUCAAUUCUGCUGCUGUUGCUGCGUCAAUGAUGAGGACGAAGAUGAAAAGAGGCCAAUAUUCAGUAAUGAGACAUUGGAGUAUUUUGACCGCGAGGCAAAAAAGAGACGAGAUCAGGAGACGAAUCUUUGGAGUGAACCCGGAGAUCCUUCACACUCAGAGAGAGACGACGACCGAACGCUUUAUAACCUCCUGCAGAGCCGAGCUAAAACACGCCGGGGCUCACAGGGAUACAGGAGGCUGAGUGUGGACAUCGAGGCCAUGAGAGACAUGAGGAGGGAAGUGAGAGACAAGUGGAAGAUGAUCCUGGAGAAUCUGGGCUUUAUGGAGGAGGCGGAGUCUCUGCUGACGGUCAACACGAGCGCAUCAUAUGACCGAAUGAGGAACGCAGCGACGGCUCGGACCCUGUUACAGACACUUCACUCAGAGACGUCCAUCUUUAACAGCAAAGAGGCUCCACCUGAGAGAUACCUGUUCAUCCUGGACCGGUUGAUUUAUCUGGACGCUGCAGAUGACUUUGUAGCGAAAGCUCGUCGUUUUUAUCCUCCCAGGGAUGAAGAUGAUGAAGAGGAGGAUAAAGCGAUAAACCUGCCGCUGCUGCUGUCGCGCGUUAAUCAGCGUCUGAAUGCAGGAGAGGAUGAUGAUGAUGAGGAAGGAGACAUGAGUGGACAGGAUGAUUAAUGACUGCGCUGUACUCACUGCACACUCGACACGGCACGUUGUUUAAGGGUUAGAGCAGCGUUAGCGAUUACACGAGCUCAUUUAAGAGCUCAUUUGGAGUUAAGAGUCAGGAUGAAUGUCAGUAUCAGUAUCAGCACUUCUAACGGUUCAGGCACUGCGUCAGGAUGAGGCUAGCUUUAAUUUUGGAUCAGGUUGUUUUAAUAUUUCAGUUAAACCUAGUUUUAAGACUUAGUGUAAGGUGAGUGUUAGGGUUUAGCUAGUGUAUGUGUGUGUGUGUGUGUGUGGCUGUAAAGGUCAGAGCUGAUGAUGUAGUAUUUUUAAUGUAUUUUUAAAGUAGCUUGGCUAAGUUUCAACCUCAUGUAGUUCACCCAUCUGUCAUUUUUAUAAUAAUAAACCAAAUUAAAUAUGAAAUACAAGAUAAAUAAUGUGUGUAAACCAGUAAAUAAAAUAAUCUGAACCGAAUGUGUUUUCUGAUGCUUCA